AUGAUGCUUUCGGUUAAGGGGAUAUUAAAUAGUAUCCGAAAGGUUAUUUUAAAUAGGUUUUAAUUCUCAGUAACAGAUCCGAAAACGGUCUUUCUCGGAGACAUUAGAAGACAUCGAUGACGUAUGCAUAUUUGGGCGAACAUACUCACCUACCUUACCCUUUUUAGAAUAUAGCUGCCCUUGAAAACAGGAAAGUAUCAUCUAUUUCAAGUGCCAAGAAGAUUGCAUUUCGGAUUACUUUCUUUGGGGCUGUAUUUUAUGGAACAGGACUGCUCUCGGCAUAUUUCUUUGUUCGACCUUCGAGUACUUACGGCAAGGUCUUAUUUUACUCAUCAGCACUAGUCUACCCGUUCCUGUAAGAAUGCUUGAAGUUCUUGGCAUUUUCUUAGAAUUCUCCUUCUGAAGUAUGUUUUUACUUACCUAUACUUGGGAAGUGCGGAUAGUGCUGGUAAGCUGAUUUUUUUAUCUUGUUUACCAGCUCAGAGAGAAAAUUAAAGGAUCUUAAAAAACGAAAGGCAAAAAUCGUAGGAAGUUUCGUAUUAUUUAUCUUUGGUCAAAGCUUUCCGAGAUAAUGGAAACACAAACAUACAAUCGUGCAAACCAGCUUCUGAGGAGGUUUGAUCCACUCGGAAUAUUCCAGGCCGAGCAUAUGGUAGGCGUUCCAUUUUCAAACACCCAGCUCUCAGACGCCUAUUCCGAGUAGUGGUCUUCAACAAAAGGAGACUGGGGAUUCGUCUGUUGUAAACCGCCGACCAGGGCCCUUUGUUCCUCAGGUUUCGUUAACGAAAACACCACAAACUCAAGUCAGGAAAGUUGCUGAAGGUGCGUUACCACAGUUUACCAUUAAAUUUCGUAUCAGAAAUAGACUCCCAUACAUCAGACGUUAUAUUGACUUUUGUCUUCUGUAUACAUGAAUAAAUAUGCUCCAGUUUUGCGGUUUCGGCAUUUUAAUCCCAGAAAUUAUUGCGGCAGUUUGUAGUAAAUCGUCCGGAAUGAAAUUUUGCAAGCCCAGCCCGAAAGAUCGCAUAAGUAUCUACCCGAAAGCACAUAGGCAACGUCGGGGGACUGAAUAAUAGGCGGAACCCCUCGCAGUUGCGUCAUGCAGCGGCAGAACAACUGCGAAACACGUGCCUUGGCUUUUAGCUAAUGCUUAUGCUGUCAUUUUGAUAAACCGUGCAACGUACAUAUAUGCAUAUAAUUUGCGAUAUCAUUCCUUUCGUUCCCAUUUCUUAGCUGCAAUAUUAUCUGUAAGUUGGACGACAAACUCUCAGACGUCAAAACACUGGUUCAACUAGUAGGACAUCAAAUUUUCAAACACUUUUAUCCGACUCAUUCACUUGUUUAUGUUGCAUACUGUCCUUAAUGUAGGCGGAUUGCCCCUUUGGCUAGUUGGCAGAUUUUUAUUUGAAUAGUCCAAUGUGUCAAUUCGAUGCAGAUGCAGACCCUCGUGUUCUUCACUUCUUCGAGUCCUGUGACCUUCUUUACCCACUACUGAGCAUAAAUACAUUAUUUCAGUCCUUUCCCCCCAACAGAAAUCUUUCUACUGAAAUAUGUUAUGAACAUAUAAUCAUGCCUGAAUGAACAUUUUUGGGUUCGAUAUCAUCUUCCUUAGACUCGAGUAAGUUUUCUCUGCCACCGAAACCGCCACCUACGCCUAAUAAUGUUCCGGUUCGUCACCGCCCAAUUUUGCCGCGUGAACGAUCAGUACUAGACAAAGUCUUGGAUGCCCUCGUAGGUGAUGGACCCGAUCGAAGAUAUGCCCUUAUUUGUCGUCGCUGUGCAUCUCACAAUGGAAUGGCCUUGGCUGAAGAAUUCGAGUUUUUGGGUAUGCUACUUUUUUUUCCGGGCUCACUUUUCCUUUUACAGUUGCUUCUUAAUGUCAUAGAAGCUUGCUGGCGUUUUUCUUUGGAUAGUUUAUCUGCACCUCCCAGUUAAUUAGCGCACUUUUGUUACCUCGUCAUUGGCUUGUUUUACGUUUUUUCAGUCGGGGAAUGCCUGACUGAUGCCUUUAGGAAAUUUCUUGAUAUUAUUUUUACAAUUUUCGGUUCACUAUCAAAUAUUUUUGCUCUUUAUAUAAGGAUGGUGCGAGUUUAGGGGUGGCAUCCUCCUUGCUUCUGCUGUUUAGUAUGAUUAGUCAGUUAAAUAUGUUAAUACAACAUUAAAUAAGGAGCAUGUACAACUCCAGUCUGCUCUUACGCCUAACUGUAGAAAACUGACAGAACCCUACACAAGCAAAGCUGGACUGUCGUAGGAAUCUCACAUUCAAAUCCAGGACAGCACAAACGAUUCUAACUUCAGUAAUCUCCCCAUUCUGCAAAUCUGCCCUAGCAAUGAAGUCUAACUUGCCGUCUCUCCAUAACCGCCUUUGUUCACUGCGCUCUUAGAAGCACUUUGCAUUUCCAUACUGUAGUUAGUCCUUCAAUACUUCCAACAUUGCUCUUAUUCAAAUUCACAUCUUUCACUUAUAUGCUCAUUUAAUUGUAGGGCUACCUCCGUGUUCUGGUUAGCUCUGCCUGUCCGCACAUUCGACUAGACCAAACAGCAUUUCAUAAAGAAAUUCGCUACAUUUUAGUCCACCGUUCAAUCACGCCAUUUCUCCGAUUUUAAAUCGGUUAGACAUUUCGCUUCCGCGUUCUGUUGACUGGACAGACAAUUCAUUACGGAUAUUCAAUAGACCGCUUUCAACACUGCUUAGACUUGCCCUGGUGUAAAGCAAAUAUCAGGCCGUUGGACAGUUAUCUGAACCUGUCCCUCAGGAGUGCUGACUUCCAUUGAUUGUAUUAUAGCCUAAAAGGGGAACCUGCAGUGUUGUAGCUUCAUUUUGAGCAUAACUCAUGUCCAGCAUAUUUGUCAAUGGAUUCACACUAAUGACUCGAUCUCAACUCUUACAAACCUUCGAUUUCCCUUGUUUCGACCACAAAAGCAAUGAUUGACUGUCGUUUUGCAUUUGUCGCACGUUUAGUUAUUUUGUUAUCUGAUUUGUAUCUGUAAGGACAAAAUCUCCAAAAUUUUUUAUUAACCGUUCAAAUUCAACUUACCGUUACAGCCUCCUUUCUCUCCUUUACUAUCGGGUUUGGAGUAGCGCUAUGGAGGUGCUACCAAAAAAUUGGGGACACUGAAGCAGCCAUAUUUAGCUUAGUAGCCACUUUCAGCAAGUGGUACUUCUACCUUAGUUUCCAGCACACCCUGAAUCCAAAUCCGAGCUUUUCGUCAACUCGAGCCACUGAGUUCGUCGUGUCUGUUGAGCAUUGGAAGGUUGGAAGUAACAUGGCGUUCACUAAUCUAACUUAUUUCCGGAUGGAAAUGUGAAUUUCCAUCUUCAGCUGAAACUGUGGGUCUAAAAUUCUUCCAAGAGUGGGUGCAGGAAAACUGGGUCGCCCAUAUUAAGUCCUGCAACUGGAGCAAAUGAGUUGACUCCCUUCUUGUGUAGAUCAAAAUACAGUAGAUGUGCUACCUCAUUAAAUGCUAGUCAGAAUUCUGAAAUAUGUUUUCGAUACGAAAAGAUUACUUCAGUGCGGUUGUAACAUUAAUUAAUCAUCGUGCAGCAUAAUCCUAAGAUGUUUCACUCACACCAGGAUCGGCUUUUGAGUAAGCCUCUUUUUGACCGUUUGAUUUCCGAUACCCCUAUAAGUUCAAAUUCACGUUUAUUAAUGCCUCUCAUGAAGUAUACAGCAUGGCCCACAUCUUUUACACAAUUUUAUGCGUCCCAUAUGACAUCUUCCAGACAGCGUAGAGAAAUGCGUGACAUUCCUUUGCCGGGAUGUAUGCAACAUGCAGUUUGGAAACCAUGAAUGCAAGUGUCACGGUUUUUAAAAAUCAAAAUAUACUCUCUCGUGAAGUAGGAAUUUUGGAGAAGACGCAAUUUUAUACCAAUUGAGUGCAAGAAAGAGCAUUUUUUGUGCAUGUUUUCUAUACAGUAUAUUUGAAUUUAUAAGAGCAUUGAAAAUCGGCGGGAAAAAUUAAUAAUAAUUAGGUGGCAAAUUUUUACAGUAUGUGGCUUUUGCAGACGGCUGAGAAGAGGCUCAUUCAAAGGCUGACUUUAUAGUCUGACUGAAACACCUUAGGAUUAUGCUGCACGAUAAUCGACUUCACAACCCUGCUUAGGUAAUAUUUUGUAGUCAAUAAAAUAUUUCGGACUUCCGGUUAACAUUUCAUGAGAUAGCACAUCUAUUGCACAUACCUCUGCCUUCUCGGGUUAGGAAUAAUGGUAUGUCCAGCAAUCGCUGAGGAGAUCACAGAUUUGUAAGCCCUCGGUUAACACUGGGCAUAAGUCAUGCGAGAAAACGUUUUGGUCGGUAAGAGGUGUUUUGAUGGCAUACCCAAGGUUCACGGUCUUAACCCGUCAGAUUCCUGGCUGGAAGCCCCUUGCUCUCGCUGACAUUGGCGCCAUGCUGCAAAUUCAUGUGACAACUCUGGACCGUAGCGAUCCUUGCUAUUAGUUGACUGGUUGACAACCACUUCGACUGCCCAUUGCAGCAGACGGUGCGCUCGCCAGGUGAACUCGGACUUUUGGUUUAUUUGGCGUGAUUUAUUCCCCCACGACUCUGCACAGCGAGAUUGUUACUAACCUACCCUUCUCUUUAGCUUUCCACUUUUUGUACAUGCGCUACAUGUUCAUCGAUAGGUCGAAUUUAUAGAUGAUAAAUUUCGCACUAUACGAUUCUAAAUUUGUCUUUUAUUUCGCCCGCCUUUCGGCUCCUUCCUAUUUUUCGUCCUGUCUACAUUAUUCGCUGGAAAUCCUAACGUUAAAUCUGAAUACUCGGCUGGGAAAGUGACGCAAAGUCACAGAAAACAGAAAAUGGGGGGGAGGGGUGCAACCUCGUACUUGGCUGUAUUUCUCCUACUGUUGAUGCUAUGUAUUGGGACCCUUUACUUUCCAAAUCAACUGCGUUCAGUUUGCAGAAAGUUUAUGGGCCUAUAUCGCGUUGAGUGGGCUCUGCUGUAAAAGUAGGAAGUUGUGAUCGUGCCCACUGUUUUUUUGAGAUUCCGCCCUGUAUCCCCCUCCCUCUGAGUUUUACGAAUACACGAACUUCGUUGCGUUUUCUGGCGUCGAGUUUAGUAGUUAUCAUUGUCUUGAACAUCGUGCUCCUCUAAGACUGACUCUGAUAAUACAUGGUUAGCGGCGUGCGGAGUUUCCCCAGUUUCUAGGCAAAAACUACCAGACAAUAACGUAACUGAAGAAUUGGAGCUCGAAGGGUCUUUAUUACGGUUUAACCUGCUUCGUUAAUUGUGCCUGUCAUAUACACUUAUUUGUGGCUUGUGCAAAGCCUUCCGACCAGCCUUAGAGCCCCCUAUACCUAUCUGUGGAUUGAGAGGAAACCAAACUGUCCGAAACGCCUGUGCGCCUCAAUAGCCCACCUUUCGUUCUCGAUGAGAGCCACCAUCAUUCCCCGGAUACGCCAAAGCAGCCUGCACGUGAUUUGAAUCAAAAUAAAGAAGACUUUCGCAAAAUCUGUGUUACUCCUUCCACACCUAACACGUUUUAAUAACAAGGCAGGCCAAAGAAUCUGGGCGCAUUGGCCAACUACACAUAGACGAUAGCUACUCGAAAACUUUACUCCAAUCUGUCAUAAUACAACUGAAAUCUGAGGAGCCACUUAGAUGGAAUUGUUUCCAUUAGAGCUUCCUUGCUUAAUGAGCCUUCGAUGUAGGAAGGGAUGCCUUUUGUUGACUGCCAUUAAGAACGCUAGUAUUGACCGGGAAUAGCUAUACUGUUACUUUGUAAAACUGGAUAAACUGGGAGCCCUAAUCAAGACCGAGCUCCAUACCACUCCCAGGUGUUGUCAAUCUAAGAAUUGGGUAUAUUUGCUCGGUUAUGUCUUGGAACCUUGAUGUUAGUAUAUCCGGCGUUAGAGCGCCCCCUCCUUACCUCACUGAUAAGGUGGCAUCGAGCAUCGGCAUUUUUUGAGGCAGCUGACUUCGUUUCGAAGUUCAGUACCCUAUGGCCUGAGUUUGGUACGUAGUUAGCUCACAAUGGUAAGUAAACCAGAAAUAACCAUCUUGCUUUCCCGACCAUUGUGAGAAUUUGUUCCAUCAAGUUCCACUUUUACUUCAGAACGACGUAUUAUCCUCAAACACUUCUCUGAUAUGUUAAUUAGUCAUCGUGCACUAUUUUCGUAGCCACCACUGAGAACGCGACAGGUCGGCCGUCGUUGCCGACGUCUGCCAUGUGCUCCCCAGCAGAGUAAGAGUAGGGACGAUGACUUGCGCGUGAUUGCCUUUAUAAUGAUAGCCGGCUUGCGCCGCAUCUACCGCACUCUCGUACUCCCCCCAUCUGGGCCCGGGGUCAUGAUGGACUGAAGAAGACCCGGGCGAGGGAGGGGAUUGGCGGCUGGCACGGCGAAAACCCGCACCUAGGCUUACCACCACACUCCCUGGUCCGUAAAGUACACUGACCAGGGUUUUACACAAGAAGAAAAUAGGGGCCGAUUUGGGUCCCAAAUGGUACGGCGUGGGUCUGGACCUGGGCGUGUCGCUACACCUCCAAUGUUGGCAUUUGUUAUGGGUGUGCUUUUCCAAUAAUGCCUGUCGGACCCCGACCUGGCCCCUGUGUUGGUACCGCGUGACCGUUUUUAGGGGCAACCAAGAACGUGCCCCAAAUAGCCACACUGAAAAGCAUUGGGGGUAUGUACUUUGUUGUCUCCCAUUUAAGCUGUUAAUACCCGGUUUAAUGAACCACAUUAUCACUAUCUUGAAAAGUCGAGUUGACGUUUAUUCACAUCUUGGGUCGUCGUUACGAGCUAUCAGUCAAGAUUGCGUGCACUAUGCUGAGGAAGGGGAUUGAGGAGGCCUUCGUCUUUCGCCUUACGUUUGUUUUUCUUUUCAAAUGCCUAUAAGUAAGGGGAGAUCUUUUUGAUCAGCAGUGUGUAUCUGUAAGAGAGAGUUGCUUGUCAACAUCAAUAUUGACGGUAACGCAUUUCCCGCUUCUUAAGAUCUCCCGCCGUAUGCCGAUCGUGAGCGUCCUAAAUCGGGAACGCACGUGUGCGCGGUGAAGCCGACUGCGCGUUACAUGCAGGGAGAAAAGUGAGGUACGGGUUUACCGAGUCGCUAUCAGGGAGCCCGGUCUCCAGCAGUUCUCGCCCCGUCUUUUUGUCAUACUGCACCAUUUUAGGUGUGUCUGCGGAGUCAAAUCCACGGCCUGCCUCCAGCCAGUAGGUAGCGACUUUGGACAAUGGUCCACUCCCUCAAACGGCCUAAUUUUAUGAGUGUGCUCUUAAACUGAUUUGUUAUUCGGCCUGUCCUGCAUACUGGCAGGAGCGGUUGCGAUACAGACUCGAACAUACUACGUCAGGUUGCCCACCCACUCCCAGUUGAUACUUCAUUCGCAUGAGGUUUACGCACGAUAGCUUCUGGACAAUAGGUGAUACCUACAUGAAACUGCGAAGUGCAUUUUCUCGUCUCCUAUCCAUGACGGACACUGUUAAAAUGCGGCCGGCCACCCACCUAUUUUUUUCCCAAUGGCGUGUACGGAGGUGGAAAUCGAUUAAAGUUCGUCAAAUGUCGUUUCCUGCGAGUCCUAUUGUAGUCAUCGAACUUUCUGCACUUGUUUCUCCCGGGCAUUACAGCGUUUUUGCUUAUUGGAAAGACUUCUGACGCAUUCACGCUUGUGCUCCAACAAGUGUCUGCUGUGUUAUCUAAAAUUUUGGACACUGUCAGUAGCCUUUCGGUGUAUGGCAGUGCCAAAUUUUCCAUAAAGUCUGCAGGUGACGAGCACGUCAAGAAACGGCAGCAGCUGUCUUCUCCCUUGGGAAGUUAAUUAUAGAGAGGGCGCUGUGAAGCGAUCCAUAAAAGCUUGAUAGCCUGUAGACUGAAUGACGAACUCUACACCACAGGGUGCCGCAAGGCUAUUAAAACGGCACCAAGCCUCAGCUAUCACAGUUGACAUCCGGUGGCGCCUCCGCCCUCCCUGUCGUAAGCUACAUUGUCAUCUCUGAUGGUGGACUUCUACAAGGCUUUGAAAACGCGAAAGAACAUGCCAAGUGCUCCUGUGGUCGACUACUUUUCGUCCUUGCUGAGAUGCACAUUAUCAGCCUCCAAGUGAGAACUCGUUGCGAACUGAUUGCCACCCCGACGAAUUUGACUGAUGACUGGUCUACUGGUCACCAUGCCAUCGACCCAGCGACUAAGUCGGGAAUCGAUAAUGUGAGCGAACCGCUCGGAACAGACUUGACUGCGGGAGGAGAUAUCGAUUUUACGCACUGUCGACCAAGCAAACACAGCCCAAUCGGCGGUGCGCGCUACUCCAUGCGCAUUAAAGACGUUUGACACUAGUGCGCGAAACCUUAUCCUGAAUUCUUAAAAUCUUCUAAUUUUUCGACAGAAAACGAAGACACUUCCGAAAUUAUUUGUGAAGGAUCGGGUGUCGUUUACAGUUGUCAGCACCGUAGCCAGAGUAUCCAUCAGGUCGUAUGGAAAAUUAAAUGUGUGGACAACUAUGGAGACUGUGAAUGUCACUCCUGUAGCUGACUGCUGGAAAAGGCCGAAGAUGUUCUUUUUGGAAUAAUGCACAAGUAAUUGCACGCAGGAGAAAUGUUACAAAGUCUCUGUAAGUGUUAUACUGCGGUCGCAAGUGAUUUUAUAGAUGGUGUCGUGGGUCGUCUAGCAGUUCCUGUAAAAUUUUAAUCUCAGGGUUUUCGGUUGGCAACAAGGAUUUCGUCGGAACGUACAUGUCACGUGCGGGAACACCAUAGCAUUUUUUAAAAGUUUGUCCUGGGCUUUCCUUACAUGAAUAUUACUGCACAGAAUUUUGAUCUUUUCUCUAUAAGAUCGCAGCACAUCUGCAGGCAAGUUGAAAUUGUGAUCAACCACCAUCCCCCUCUUCCAGCGGACGGUUGUCACUUCCACUAAAACUAUCGCCUCUGAGUGUACAUUCGCGAAUAGUUUCCUCCCACAUGUUGAUAUUUAGGUUUUGAGUUCAUGAGGCACAUAUAGUCUACUAUAAGUGUUGGCGACACAGUGCUAUCCAGAAGACGAGAUCGAGGAUCGGCAGAGUUCCACUAUUGAACAGUUUGCUCGAGAGGUUGAAGUGAGUUACCGUAAGCCACUUGUUCAAAGCGGUGCCAUGGUAGUCUGGCUCACGUAACAAGUUAACAAACUUGGUCGAGGAUGGAGAAUACGUUGAAGCCCAUUUUCAAUGUGGAUGAACCCGCAUUCUUCUAAAACACUCAGACCUUUGCCGAAGUACCGUGUUCUGUCGUGGCCACUUUAGAUCAUACGUAAAAUGGUGGUUGCUGCCAUCACGAUAGCUGUGGAGAGUUUGACGUCAGAAUCGAUGGCGCUGCAGGGCCCAACUCGAAGCGGUCAGGCUGUCCGGUAACGUCUUAUUCGUUUCUGAAUUGGAGCUAGAACGCGUAUUAAGAACUCAGGAUGGGGGUAAAAUCGUAGCUUUGAGCACCACCAACCGCAGAUGUUGAUCUCUGAAGCACCCCCUUAAUGGGGCUUCCCCUAACAUAUAUUGCAGACAUGAUUAUUUGCUUGCUUGGUGUUUCGUUCAUUGGUGUAAGUAGCCGAAAUUUUGCUCGCUUUAUACGAAGGUGAUUACCACUACCCCAGGGAGGUAGAGGAAACGUUAGUGUUAAUUGAAUUGUAGUGAGGAAAACUUGGACAGCAUCGGCCGCUCCCCCUCCCGCACUCACCAUUUGCUAGCGGAAAGCCAAGGGCGAGACUACCGGAGACGAGUUCGUCCACAGUGGGCAAUUUGAAUUGAAGGCCCCUUACACGCGACCUGUGACACGAUCAGGUUUUCCCUACUUAGCUGAACCCGACUGCACGUGUUAGUCGCGUAGGGAGACACCAACUAACGCUAGUCCGGUUUCGCUCGCUAGUCGAAGCGGUUACCAAGGUGUGCCCGCUGUGUCCAGCACAGUAUACUUGUCAAAAGGAAGAUCCGGGCACCAGGUCGCUCCCAUCUGGAGUUGGGUUGCCAUUGGUUGAUAACGGCGAAAAGGCCAGAAACAGCCAUUUCAGUGUCUACUGCCUCUUUUGACCACACUUCUCGAUUGCCGAUCAUGCGGUCACCUGUGUUGGCGCUAGAUUUGGAACUCCAAGAUAAACUGAAAAUGCCGAAUUUCAUCCUACAACUAGACCACAUCGGUAAGCGAAACUCUCGUGUUACUUGGGACACUCCCUGUCCCGGCGGAUAGGAUGCGUCCGUAGGUUAAGUGGGAAAGCUUUAUGCUUAAAGUUGCCAAUAGUCUACGGACCUUGGGGCCAAAUGUCAAUUUUCUGGCUUAGGGUUGGAAUAUCUCCAAAUGAUAACGGCAAAUAAGCCGGGACUAGUCAUUCCAGUGCCCCUCGACUUUACCGGUAACUCUUUACUAUCUGCUCAAUCCUGUGAGUUUUUGCGCGUGCAUUGGUCACAAGCUGCCUUGUCCAUGUGUGCUGUUCUUGUUUCACGUGUUGCGCGUUUGCACUUUAAGUUUUUUUCUCUCCAGCCUUCAAGUGCUGCUACUGCGAUUUCUUCAACCCCGCUCGCAGAGUGCGACGAAAUUCCCUUGUACCGAAGUUGGAGACCUUCCCCAGUCCCACCGCUGGGCCUACCCCCUUCACUACCUCUUCCUCCUCAACGUUGAGAAGCCGGCGUGUUUACAGUGCCUCACUGGCCAAUCUAAACGCUUCUGAGACGCCGGGUGCCCGCAUGGCCAGGCAAAUGACUGCUUCCGAGGAAAAUGUUUUCGAAGCAUCGACGACUAUGCAGGCGACAGAGUGGGGUUCGUUGUCACACUUGUCUUCCCAACCGCCUCUCUCUCGAUUGGUUGAAGACUCGCCACCCACCGAUGGUAGCCCUACACCCCCAAGGACCCUAAGUGGUGAGGUAGAGGAAGAUGCUGUUAAGCCACCUAAAUAUGAACCUUUAGAGGACGAAGAAGAAGAGGAAGACGUAGACAAGGAACAGACGCUCCAGAAUUCGCCGGACCAUGACGAGGUCCUCUCCGGAUCCGUCUUUCACGACUAG